UUUUCCAUUGUUAGUUCAUUAUUGAUGACCACAAUGAGGACCAUGGGUCCAGUUUGUUUCAAGAUUCUCGUUCAAGCCAUAUUUAUGUUGUGGUUGACGAUGUCGCAGUACUUGCAUCAUGCGAAGUAUGUUUCUGCUGAAUUUUGGUGCAAAGAUAGUGAGAAGCUUGCACUCCUCGACUUCAAGUCAGGUUUAGUUGACGACUAUGGUGUUCUGUCAUCAUGGGAAAGAAACGAAGAUUGUUGCCAUUGGAGAGGUGUUUUCUGCAACAACCUAACAGGCCAUGUACAAUACCUCGAUCUUAGUGGUCUCUAUGAUAAUCCUCUUGUUCCCAAUAUCGGUCUCGGAUAUACAGCUCGUCGCUUGAAGGGUCAGAUCCACGCAUCAUUGUUGGAGUUGAAGCAUUUGGUGUACUUCAAUCUCAGCUAUAACUAUUUUCCCAACACCCAUAUUCCACAAUUCUUUGGAUCUCUCUCCAACUUGGAAUCUCUUGAUCUCUCACAUUCUUAUUUUAGUGGUCAAGUUCCACCACAACUUGGUUCUCUUUCAAAAUUGUUGUACUUAAAUCUUGAAGACAACAAGCUUAAUGGUUCAAUCCCUUACCAACUGGGAAACCUUUCUAGCUUGUUGUAUCUUUCAUUAUGUUACAAUGAUUUUGAAGGAACAAUACCUUCUGAGCUUGGAAAACUUUCAAGCUUGGAGCAGCUUUGCCUUGGAGGACACGCCACCUUUGGUGCUCUCACAGUUGAUAAUCGCGGAGGUCAAUGGUUGUCCAAUCUCACCUCCUUAAUCGUUCUUGAUUUAAGCGAGGUGAUUAAUCUAAACAACUCUUAUAUUUGGAUGCAAAUUAUGGUUGGUAGUAACUUACCUCACCUUCAAGAACUCCGCUUAGAAAGUUGUUUCCUUUCUGAUCACUAUUUGACCAAGUUUAUGUCAAAUUUCAAAUCCAAUUCUUCUUCUUCUCUUCGAAGUCUUGAUCUUAGUAACAACUACUUCGAGUCACCCAUGAUUUUCAAGUGGAUAUCCCAAGUCAACCCCAACCUUGUUAUUCUAGAUCUUUCUUUCAACUCCUUGAAGGGUCCAAUACCAAGUGAUUUUGGCACAGCAAUGACAUCACUGCAAGAACUUUACCUCACUGGUAACAGAUUCACCAAGGGCAAGGAUUUGAGAUCCUUAGCAGAUAUAUGCAGUUUGAUGGAGUUAAGCUUGAUGGAAAACAACUUAGAUGAAGAACUUGCAACAAUUCUUCAAAACUUGUCAGCUGGUAGUUGUUCUGGACACUCAUCACUUUUUGUACUCCUCCUGAACAUGAACCAAAUAACCGGAGAAUUUUCCGGCAUUGCGACCAGUUUUCCGUCUUUGAUACAACUGAGUCUUGCUGGAAACCGGUUAACCGGAAAGAUCCCUGAAGACAUCACAUUGCCAUCCAAGUUGGAGUCUUUGUCUAUUGGAUCAAACUUCUUAACAGGUGGAAUUCCAAAGUCUUUUGGAGAUGCAUGUUUGAAUUCUUUUGAGUCUAAAUAA